UUUGAACAAGACAAUGCUUCCAAAUAAGGUGUCCCUGUUUCUCAUGCUCCUCUUUCCAAAUACCAUAAUUCUACAACGAAGUUGUGAGAACAGCACGCCCAUCGUUGAACUUGAAGUUUUAAUAGAAGUUCGUAGCGCCCUGAAUACACUAAACGAACGCAUGAAUUAUCUACAAGAUAAGAUAGAAGAUAUGGAAAAGGCUUUAGAAAAUAAAUUAAAUGUGGUCGACUCCAAAAUAGAAAAUAAUAUAAAAACAAUUGAUGGAAAUAUAAAGUCACUGCAAGCAGAAUAUCAAAAUGUCAACAGACUUUUAGAAAACAAAUCUGAUGUCCCUGAUUCUGAGACGAAUAAUGGUAUCAAACAAGAGUUAACGGAAGUGAAAGAAUUAAUAACGAGUCAAGUUGGAAAACAAACCCUCAACGAAAUUAAAGAAAAAUUAAUAAACGUUGAAAAACAGUUGGGUAAUAAACGAACUCUAGAUGAAGAGGUUCACUUCUUCAGGAGUCAGUUAAAAGAAAACAUAGAUAAUUUCACCAUUGAAAUCCACGGGUGCCAAAAUUUGCCGAUAGACUGCAAAGACGUUCAAGAAAGAGGUUACAACGUAUCUGGAAUUUAUCGCAUUCAACCCAAGCUAUCAAACGAUUCUUUCUUGGUUUGGUGCAAUAUGUUGACACGCGGUGGUGGGUGGGUUUCAGUUUUAGAUCGAGUUGAUGGAUCCGUAAACUUCAAAUUAAACUGGACUGAUUACAAAACUGGGUUUGGAACUCUUACCGGAGAACACUGGUUAGGGUUGGAUCACCUAUAUGAGUUAACGAAUAGUCAGCGUAAUGAACUAUUAAUUGAACUAGUUGACUGGGACAUGAAAAACGCUUCCGCGCUUUAUGAUGAUUUUAAAAUAGGUAACGAAUCUACAGGGUAUGUAGUACAGAGUUUGGGGGACUACACUGGUGAUGCUGGAGAUUCAUUUAAACAUCACAUUGGAAUCAAAUUUAGUGCACUCGAUCGAGAUCAAGAUGAGAAUGAUGACAAAGAAUCAUGUGCGGUUUACUUUGAAACUGGUUGGUGGUUUAGAAAUUGUUAUUACACUCUCUUAACCGGACGUUAUGUUAAGCCUAAACCUGGUGUCGACUAUCGGUUCAAGUCCACGUUAAAGUGGAGUGAUUUCCAUGGUUAUAACUACAGUCUCAAAGCAGCAAAUAUGCUAAUUAGACCACUAUAUCUUUGAUUAUCAAUUAAAGAAAGUA